AUGGCCUCAAUCUCAGCCGUCGGGUCUCCACCCCGACCGCUGUCUUCUUCACCUGUCGGAAAAUCUUCAAACCCGGUACGUCGUUUUGCGCUUACCUUCUCUCUGAUGCACCAGAGACAGCACGGACCUCAAUCUCUUCUUCUUCCGGAACCGGAGAAAUUUUCUGAUUCAGGUGCAGGCGGUGGAAGCAAUCCUAUUGAACGAAGAAGUUUUGUCUUUUCAUCCAUUGGAAUGGUAGCUGCAACCUUUUGCAAUGCUUCAAAAGAUGGAGUAGCCCUGGCAUCUCAAUUUGCUGACAUGCCAGCACUUAGGGGAAAGGACUAUGGCAAGUCGAAAAUGAGUUAUCCAGACUACACAGAAACUGCAUCAGGUCUUCAGUAUAAGGACUUACGACUAGGAGAUGGCCCCAAACCCAAGAUGGGAGAGACAGUAGUGGUUGAUUGGGAUGGUUACACCAUAGGAUAUUAUGGACGUAUCUUUGAAGCUCGAAAUAAGACAAAGGGCGGUUCAUUUGAGGGUGAUGACAAGGCUUUUUUCAAAUUUAGAGUAGGAUCUCAGGAGGUAAUACCAGCUUUUGAGGAAGCUGUUUCAGGCAUGGCACUUGGUGGCAUUAGAAGGAUCAUAGUGCCCCCAGAGUUGGGAUAUCCUGAGAAUGACUACAACAAAAGUGGACCAAGACCCACAACAUUUUCGGGCCAACGAGCCUUGGAUUUUGUACUGAGGAACCAGGGGCUGAUAGACAAGACUCUUCUGUUUGAUAUUGAGCUCAUCAAGAUCAUACCCAACUGA